AAUAAUAAUUCAUUGGACUUAAUAAAACCAGAUUGUCCUCCAUUACGUGGGUGGGGUUCAACCCUUCCAUUUAAGACCUGGACAGAUGAAGCUCAGGGCCCCCACCCCCAAGUAACAGAAUUCUAACUGAAAAACUGACUCUUCCUAAGGUUAAGUGUCUGCUGGUCUUCAGAACUCAGCUGGGACACUGACUCGACUCAGCAGAUUUUGGACUUAGCCUCUAUAAUUGUGUGAGACAAUUCCUUACCGUGUAUACUUAUGUGUCUGUGGAUUUGAUUUUCUGGAGAGGCAUGGUGAACACAUUACCUGUGAAGUUUUUUUAAGUUUGUGAUCUUGUUUUGUAAGAAGGCUAAGAAAUACUGCUCUUAAUUGUUCGUUAUAGAAAUAACCUUUUUAUUGGGCACUAUCUGUUUUAACGUUGGGAUAGGACCUUAAGUCACAAAUGUGCCUGAUGUCUUAUGGGACCGUUUAACAUAUAAAUCUAAUUGUAUGUUCUGUAGCUGCCCUAAUACCCAAGCCCUUAGCCAUGUUCAUUUAGCAAAACAACUAGUAGAUGUUAACUGUGGCCUCUGGCAUCUCACACACACUGUCUGGUAGGUGACAGAAGCCCCCCCAUCCAGUCUCCACUUGCAGGUCAGAUUCUAAUGGCAUGCUGAAACUCCCAUGGGUGAUUUGCUUUGUUUGUUCGUUUUGCAAGUAUAAAGACAAAUUGGAAAUCUCUUAAUGUAUUUGCAUUUAUUUACUUGAUAUUCUUUUAAAUCAGGUUCGUUUGUCACUGCCUUUAUUGACACAUGGCUUCCCAGCCUACUUUAUAAAACCCAAAGUCUGUGUCUUCUCUGGCAGUUUUUUUUUUUUUUUAAGGAAUAGUUAUAAAUUGUUAAUGCCAAGGGAGAAAACCCUUAAACCAGAGCUAAUACCAUAUUGCAAGGUUUGAAUAUCUGAUAAUGCUUCACCAACCUCUAGAAAGUAGAUUUGAGAGAGGCUAAAAGGAGACUUUUUCUUUCAAGAUCUUUAUUUUAUGUGCAUGAGUAUUUUGUCUGUGCCUGAAUUAAAAGUGUAUUUUGUCCAUGCACUAUGAAUGCAGUGCCUGAAGAGGCCAGAAGAGGGCAUUGGAUCUCCUGGGUCUGGAAUUAAAGACUUGUAAACUACCCUAUGGGUGCUGGGAGUUGAACCUGGGUCCUUAGGAAGAACAGCCAGCGCUCUUAUCCACUGCGCCAUCUCUCCAGCCCCAAAAUGAAAUGUUGUAAUCUAUGUUUUCUGCCUGGGUCUUUCUUAUGUAUGAAAAAAGAAGGAAAGAAACAGAAAGAGAGAAAGAGGAAGAAAGUUAGUGACGUUAAAUACAUGUACAUAUAUUCUGCAAAUUCCUGUUUCUCCUUUCUGUAUCAUCACAAAUGGCAAAAGUAGCUUUCAUCUCAGGGCAUUUUCCAACUUAGUUCAAAUUUGUGUUAGGCAAUAGCUAUAUUUGGGAGAAAGCUGAUAGCCCCAACUUCAAUUGUAUUAAUCACCAAAGAAUUACACAAGUUCAUAAAGAUAAAUUUAGGAAGGUUUUGCCUUAACUUAGCCAACAACCCUCAGAAACAGGCCUUAACAACUGCUUCCAAAUGUGAGCAGUUGGUUUUUACAGAUGUUGAGGCAAACCCUCUUUGGUGUGGCAUUUAACACAGCAGGCUUUCUGAGUUACAAUGAAAUGCACCCAGCAGUGACCGGCGAGAGCUAUGUUUACUGCAGGUAGCAGGUCUGCUUAGAAAAUAAGACAGAAAGCAAAAAUGACUUCACAACUUCAUGUCAUUCUUCAUGUAGCAUUAGCAUUAUGUGUUAUUACUACAAUCAUGAAUGUUCUCAAUGUCCCAAAAGUAUGUGAGUCACCUACAGGACCAAAAUGGAGGUGAUGCCCCAGUAUGACCUGUCCAGACUGCCAGAAAACACAGCCCUGAAGCAGCAAAAGUUGCCUGCCCACCGGCUAGAUUUAUCUGCCUCGGUGGUCCUCUCUAUCUUUUUUGCCACAGGCGGGUUCUGCCUCUGUAUGGGUGUUAUCCUUAUACUGUCUGCGAAGAGCACCAAGGAACUUGAGAUUAAUUACACAAACAUAUGUGCAAAUUGUGCUCAGCUACGGGAAGAUAGCUCUAAUUUUGACAAAGAAUGCACCUGCUCUGUUCCGUUUUACCUUCCGGAGAACAUGGAGGGUAAUGUUUACAUGUACUACAAAUUGUAUGGUUUCCAUCAAAACCUCUAUCGAUACAUUCUAUCAAGAAGCAAUAGGCAGCUGUUGGGCAAGGAUAUUUGGGAUGUUAAGGACUGUUCUCCAUUCCAAGUGUCCCGCAACAGCACUCCCAUCAUUCCUUGUGGUGCAAUUGCCAACAGCAUAUUCAAUGAUACCAUAACUCUUUCAUACAACCUUAAUUCGUCCAUACAUAUAGAAGUCCCAAUGCUAAAGAGUGGGCUUGCAUGGUGGACAGAUAAGUAUGUCAAGUUUCAGAAUCCAAGAGCCAGUGACCUUGCUAGUGCAUUUGCAGGAAGUGCCAAGCCUCUGCAUUGGACCAAGCCUGUCUAUGAACUAGAUACAGAUGACCCAGGAAACAAUGGCUUUGUCAAUGAGGACCUCAUUGUUUGGAUGAGGACAGCCGCCUUUCCCACUUUCAAAAAACUGUACCGCCGACUCAAGCGCGUGGACUAUUUUGCUGUAGGCUUGCCUGCUGGUAACUACAGUUUCAACAUAUCCUACAAUUUUCCAGUAACCGUGUUCCGAGGAGAAAAAUCUGUUGUUCUUUCCACCCUGACAUGGAUCGGAGGAGGUGGCCUUUUCUUGGGGCUUACUUACACAGUGACAGGGGCAUUGACAUUGUUGGCCUCUUUUGCCAUCCUGGCAAUUCACUUGAUGCUGAAAAGGACUAAAAAAAAUUUCCUGUAGGAGUGAAGUCAAUUUGAAAAGAAGAAUAGCAGAAGGCAGAAAUGGACACCAAAGUACUAGAACCAAAGAUCUCUGGCAAAGCUUGAAAUAUUUCUGAGCCAUCUCAACUAGAUUGACUGAAUCAAUCCCAACUACGUGUAUAAAUAAUGAGAUUCCCAGAGUGGGGUGAAGAGAAGGAGAGAAGAGGAGGAGAAAAAAAUAUGUGCAGUAAAAUGUUCUUGGA